AUAAUACAUUAAAUUACGCAAAUGAUCCAUCAUAUUUUUGUUUUAGUUUUUCUGUGAAUCUAAAUGUUAGUGGGGUUUUCCAAACAUCGCAGGUUUUUAGUGCUUUCCCAUCUCUGGUGAUGGCUGCUGCAUUAGGUAACAGUCUGUCCUCAUGUCUUCACGUGCUCUUUUACUGGAUGUCAUAGAUGUGUGUGAGAGGCACCAAAAUAUGGCGCUAUCAUUUGCAGCCAAUGGGCUGUCCGUUUGUAACAGGUCGCAGCUGGCGUCACUACCGUGGCGGGAACGCGCAUUUAAGAAGGAAAAGAGGUUGAGGAGGCAUCGGGAUCGCGCUCAUCUGUUUGGCUGGCAAAUGCCACCGGUGUAACAGGCCGAUCAUUAUGGGGGACCCAGGACCCCGAGACCGGAUGGAUCAUGACCGACCGACCGCUGCGCACAGCUCAUCCAGGCGGUUUAUUCCGGGAUAAAACAUUCAGUGUGUCCAGUACAGAGCCAGUCACUGAGCUGCAGAGGAGGCGGUGUUUGCUGGGAUUCAAUCAGAGCCUGGUUAACGAGGAUAGAGAGACGUGAGGAAGCCGGGAGCGCAGCAGUUUACAAUCUAACUGGAUCCAUCUCGGAUUUGUGAGAAUGAUAGAUGAAUUGUCGAUUACAAGCCGGUCCGGUCAGCCCAACCCUGUCAGAGCAGGGUGGGUUCAUCCGGAGUAAAAUUAGUCGGCUCAUAUCUGUUGGCUUCUCCUCCGCAGGGCGGCGAUGUCCGCUUUCUGCCUAGACCUGCAGACGUCUGCCGUGGUUUCAGCACCACUGGAGCUGGACAGCGACUGCAUGGAGUCCCGGGCAAGCCCCGCCGCUCAGGAGCCGGGCGGCUUCCAGGCUCUCCCGCUGCGGCAGACGGGUUCCGGAGGCCUCGGCAUGGCCUUGGAGGAGGAACUAGCCAUGCUUACCGGGGAGCGGGACGACGAGGACGAGCUGUCGGACCUAGAGACGCCUGCGGUGGUGCAUAACGCAGACUUGCUGUCGCUCUUCCGUCAAAAAGAAAAAGACUUGGUUUUAGCUGCUAAACUCGGCAAAGCGCUGCUGGAGAGAAACCAAGACUUGACCAAGCAAUAUGAAAAAAUGCACAAAGAUCUCAACGAGAGACUAGAGCACUUGGAGCAGGAAAAGCAUGAGCUGCGUCGGCGUCUGGAAAGUCGAGAGGGGGAGUGGGAGGGCCGCGUGGCCGAGCUGGAGACGGACGUCCAGCAGCUGCAGGGAGAGCUGGAGCGCCACCAGGUCCAGCUGAGAGAGGCUGACAGAGACAAGACCAGGGCCAUCAGUGAACUCUCUGAACAGAACCAUAAACUGCUGGAGCAACUCAGUAGGGCUGCAGAGGUGGAGAGGCAGCUGUCCACUCAGGUCCAUUCAUUACGGGACGACUUCAGGGAGAAGAGUAUAUCUACAGGCCAGCACAUGACACGACUAGAGACACUACAGGCGGAGCAAGGGCUAGAAAUUAAGAUGCUGUCGGAGAGGAAGAUGGAGCUGGAAUGUCGAGUGCACGCCAUACUGGAGGAGAACGAGCUGCUGCAGAAUACAGUGGAUGACCUCAGAGAGAGGACGCUGGCGUUGACGAGGCAGUGUCACGAGAAGAACCUACAGUUACGGCAGAGCCAGCUGGAGCUCCAGGAGGUUCGGGUGUCCCACAGGCAGCUGACUGCCCAGCUGGAGGAGUUAACAGAGGAGCACAGCCUCCAAAGCCUCACCCCACACCCAUCCAGCCUGCUGUGUGAGAUAGAACAGAGCAUGGAGCAGGAGGAGCAGGAACAGGAGAGAGAGCAGCUGCGUCUCCAGCUAUGGGAGGCCUACUGUGAAGUUCGCUCGCUCUGCUCCCAUCUCCGGGGAAACGACGUCACAGACUCAGCGCUGUCCACCGACUCUUCCAUGGACGAGUCCUCAGAGACGUCCUCAGCCAAGGAUGUGCCUACGGGAAGCCUCCACACCAGCCUGCUAGAGCUACGGAGGCUAACACAGAAUCUGCUGGAUGGCAACGAGUCUACGGGCUCGCGGCGCAGUGAUGAGGAGGCUCUGGAGGAGCAGGUGAGGAAGCUGGGAGAGGAGCUGAGGGAAGUCAGAGAGCUGUACGAAGCCGAGCAGGACAAAACACGCAGCAAUGAAGAGGAGGUGCUGCAGCUGCACAAUCAGAUGGGGCUGCUCUCUGUGGAGAUGUGCUCUCUCCAGGAGGAGAAUGAGCGGAUCAAGACGAUGGCUGAAAUCCGAGAACCCAGUGAGCAGCUCCAGAGUGCUAUCAGAGACAGAGACGACGCUAUAGCCAAGAAGAAAGCGGUGGAGAUGGAGCUGGCCAAGUGUAAAAUAGACAUCAUGUCUCUGAAUAGCCAGCUUCUGGAUGCCAUCCAGCAGAAGCUCAACCUGUCGCAGCAGCUGGAGGCUUGGCAGGAUGAUAUGCACAGAGUGAUUGACCAGCAGUUGAUGGACAAGCACCAGGACGAGUGGUGCUUGGCCUCUUCCUCCCUGUCAAGGUCGUCGAGGGCCCACGGCAGUCAGUCCUCCAGACGAGCUCACCGCAUCUCUGACCGGGACAAGAGACUUUUCUCUUUUUUCAAAAAGAGCUGAGCCCCAUUGGACUGGCCCUGAGCAUAGUAGACAGACAGAGACAGACGAGGCGAGGGAGAGGGAGGGAGUGACAUCACAGUACAGGGGUAACAACACAGCCAAAGAUGGGCAGUGGCACACAUUGAGGUUUGGGGGGGUCAUUUUGCACUUUAUCUGUCCCAUUACACUUCUCCUCACUGAUUAAUUGGUGACUACUGACAAUGAGAGAUAUAGAUAUAAGAAUAGGACUUCCCCAGAGGCUUUGGCUUUAGCCCCUCUUAUAGAAAGCUAUCGGUCUUACAGAACAUGAACAGGGUCACAAAGUUUACCUCCAAAGAGGAAGGUUUCCUUGUAGUGCCUAUGACCAUCUCUACUAGCCUACUGCCAACACUGUAGAGAGGGAACACUAUGUACAAACUGCUACUGUAUGCAUCCCAGUUAUCAGGCCAAGGAGUCUGGGGAAAGAUAGGUGGAUGUACGGGUCUUUGCAGGAUUGUGGGGAAAGACGAGGAUAGCAGGACAAAGCUGUUCAUCAGAAUGUGAUGAGACAAAGCAGGAUGAAGACCUUUUUCCUGAGGUAUAGAGCGAUGGCGCUGCAGCCAACCAACAUAUGAUCUCUCAGGUUUAUUCAUUUGUUCAGGGGAUGUUCACAAUGUGAGGCAACAGCUUGAUUUACGAGGGCCAUAGUGUGCUGUGCAUCUGACAAAAUGAAUGACAGAGAGUAAUUAUUUUAUUAUUGAAAAUAAGGUUUGCCCCAGGUCCAAACUUCCAAUCAAAUAAGAAAAAGACCUUUGAAGAGAUACUCCAAGGAUUUAGCAUUGCUCUUUAAUAACAGUUGGAGACUUGCAAUAGUUAUAUUAAAGUUGCACUAAUCGAUAUUUUUACACAAACAGUGAAUCAAAUAAGUAACUGUGAAAUUUAAAUCCAUCCACAGGGAAUUAUAACCCAGCCCUGCAGUUCCCUUCAGCUCUAUGCAGUGUUUAGCUUUAGUUUUUGCCUGCACACUUAGUAUUUUGUCUCAGGCUCGCCUCUCUCCUCGACCCUGUUUUCAGCAGCAAGCAAAAAUCAGAAAGCUCUGAUAAACUGAUUGUACUCACUCAAUGGCAAACAAAGUUAACAUUCAACUGGUGAAUAAAGUGAAGCAUUUAGCAACGAAGGAUCCAGAUAUUUCCCUGGAGAGCUGGAAGAGACCAAAACAAACAAAAGGCUGUUUCAUUAGCCAGAAAAAGUUAGUGAAGCUUUAAAAAGAUCAACUGUUAUUUAAAGCAGCAGGUUCAGGGACACCUUCACUUUUAGUCCCCAGUAUCAAAUUUUAUAUUUUACGAGCCUGGUUUGUAAAACAGGUUUUCUGUUUGUCUGUCUGAAUUUGCAGUUUCCUAGUCCAAGCUGAGGUAACGCUGAUGAUUAAUAUGGGUCAUUUUCUCAGACUUUACAACACUCCUCCAAAGCCACAGGAUACAUUAACAUGCAGUUAUAAAUAUAUGCUGAGAAUCACUUCCAUGACUACUUAAUAACUGACUUUUAUAAGCAAAGUCAGUAAAUUUGCUUCCAUAACUAAUGAGACAUGUCAUCAUGGUUAAGUUAUAUGAAACUACUGAAACAGUUCAAGUUUGAGCAAGGCAAAACUAUCCUUAAAGUGAAUGUAUGAAAACCAGCACUUUUUUUCGUUGGACCUGUCAGUGUUGAACUCUAUGAGGCCUUCAUGUUUAUCUCCGACAUCUGAAUAAACCUUUGGGUGACUGAAGUUGGUGAUAUUGUUUGUCCGGGUGGUACCAUUUUCCACAGCUCGCAUUAUAUUUCACAUUUAAAGGUCCAGUGUGUCAGAUUUACUGGCCUCUAUUUACAGAACAUGGCAGAAAUGGAAUAU